AUGGACAGUCACAUCGCCCGCAUAUCCGUUGAUACGGAUGGGCGCCAACAGCAGCAGCAGGUAUCAGCCGCAGCUUCGCAUCCAAUGCGUGAGGAACGCCACUUAUCCAUCUUAAAGGACAUUCACGAACCUCCACCCUUCAGUAACAAGCCCGCGAGUGAAGAUGUCGUGGAGCGUAUUCUCAAGGCCACAGACCCGAAUGUGCGAUCGACGCCCGUCUAUUUUGAUUACAAAAAAGAUGCCCGAAUGUACAAGUUCUAUCCGAGCGUGGGAGCUGUUGCCACACACCUUUCUCUUGACGGCCUAGCCAUCCGAAAGGAUUCCGCGGAGGCGAUCCAGCAACAGGAGGAUCGCGAGCGCCGACUGAGAGAAACGGAGGAGGCGGCAAAGGCUGAGCUGAACCCAGACCUGAUCAAGGAUGUUGUCUCUACUAGGAUUCUCAAAAACCAGUUCAACUAUAGCGAUCGCGGCAGUCAGACGAUGAACAAUCCUAUCAAGAACCGUUCAGUGAUAACCGAUCCACCUCCGGCUAUUUUAUUUGGUGCGAUGGCUACUGCGUGGGCCAUUUACGACGCCUAUGAGGCCGACCGCCAGCAGGCUGAGAAGGCAUCCGCGUUGCAACGCAAAGCGGCCUCGGGGCACCGCACCGGUAAGGAUGAGGACCCCACGCUGUCGAUCACAGGGAGCGCGGCCGGUGCAAAUGUCGAGGAUGACACCACCAGCGCCUCCAGAUCAAGUUUCAAUGUCAUGAAAUCCAAAGCUUUUGCCGGCGCACUCAAGAUUAUGGAGCGAAUGGUGAACCAAAACGAUUGUUUCGACAUCAUAGAUGACUUCAAGUUCUGGGAGGAUCAGAGUGAUCUGUAUAAGGAAGAGGGCACGUUGUUGCCGCUGUGGCAAUUCUACACCGAGCGUUCGCGGAAGCGCGCUGUUACGAGUAUCGCUCAGAGCAACCAAUACAGCGACUUCUUCGCGGUAGGCUACGGAAGCUACGACUUCCAGAAGCCGUGCAAGGGAGGCAUUCACUGCUUUACCCUCAAAAACGCCGUCCCGACGAUCUCGGGGAACUCCCCGUCCGCCCAUCCCGAGUUCAGCUUCAAUAUUGAAAGUGGCGUUUUAUCUCUUGCCUUUCAUCCAGUACAUUCACAUCUUCUAGCAUGUGGACUUUUCGACGGUUCGGUGUGCGUGUUUGACCUCCAUAUCAAGGACGAUCCGCGACACCAGAAGCCUAUUUACAGCGCCACGGUGCGAACUGGCAAGCAUACGGAGUCUGUGUGGCAGCUCUAUUGGUUGGAUGAUCCGACGGUUCUAUCCUUUAACUCCAUCAGCACGGAUGGCCGCCUCACCAACUGGCAGCUGCACAAGAAGGAAUUGGUAUCAAAGGAUAUCAUGUCGCUGAGCUCCGAUACCGUCGCGUUGGAUCCAGAGGGGAUGCUUCUGAACCACCUCGGGGGGAUGUGCAUGGAUCAGUCCCCGGUUCACGGGCAGAUGGUCGUGGGCACACAGGAGGGCGUCGUCAUGCUCUGCACCACCACUAACGUCCAGUACUUAGAGCGUUUUGAGGGCCACAACAUGGCAGUCUACACCGUCCGCUGGAACCCCUACCAUCCAGACGUCUUUAUCUCCUGCUCUGAGGAUUGGACGAUUAAGCUUUGGCUCAAGUCCUCUUCGAAGCCGUUGUUGACAUUUGAUGUGGGCGACGCAGUUGGGGAUGUUGCGUGGGCGCCUUACAGUGCCACAGUCUUCGCAGCCGUCACAUCGAAUGGAAAAGUGAUCGUGUUUGAUCUCAACCAAAAUAAAACGGAGCCGCUUUGCGUCCAGACGGUCGUAAAGAAUGCUAAACUCACUCACGUGGUAUUUAACAGGGUGAACCCCAUAUUGUUGGUGGGUGAUUCCCGUGGUACCGUGCUGGUACUGAAGCUUUCUCCUAACCUUCGUAAGCGAGCCAAGCCGGAUAAGGGAGAGUCCAACGACGCAGCCACGCUGCGACGCUUAGAGAUGGAGAAGUUAGCUCGCUUAAUUGACAUCACGCUGAAGGAUCGAAUAUUGUUGGGAAUGGCGUAG